AUGGGGUCGGUCUUGAGAGGUCGGCGCACUUGUACGUGUGCCACGGAAAGACGACCAUCCUGGGCGUUGAGACCCCACCGACCCGAAUCUUCGACUCUACCACAGCCCUUCACCAUCGACGACUCUCCACUACAAGCAUGUACAUGCUCGGCACCGCACUCGCUACUUAGCUCUUUGGGCGCUACCUCUGACGCUCGCUCACCCGAGAUAUAUGAUCCCAAGGAGUCUUAG